AUGCAAGCUAUUUUGGACCUUGGGCAACUGCAAACUUAUAAGGAAGGGAUAAAAGAAGAUGUUGUAAUUGGAUGGUUACGAGGUAGCAAAAGAGAUACAUUCUCACUACCCGAACUUCAGAAGCUCAUGGAAAAUACACGAACAUAUUCUGCUGGUUCUAAGCAAAUUGAAGAUAAAGGGUCUCAGGGUUGGUGGUCAAUACUGCUACGACAAGCAAUUAAUUUGGACUAUGUAGACAUAAAAUUUAACAUUACGAGAUGCAAAUCAUUUACCAGAUUAUGGAGGCAGUACAGAGUUACCGAGAAAGGAAAGCAGUUUUUAGAUGCUCUACACGAUCCAUUCUGAAUCCAGCAAAAAAUCCACUAAGUGACAAAAUAAAGCGAAAGGAGAAUGCAACCCGAAAAAGAAGCGGAAGAGGGCAUCAUCAUCUUCCAAAAAUAAAGGAAUGCCUCAAUAAAUCGGAGAAUUGGGUCAACUUAACAAGUAUAGACCAAUAUGAAUUCCCAGGAUUCGAGUCAGGCACACAGAAUUUGCAAACAAGCUUUUCAUUCGUGGAUGAUUGUAGAAAGCUGACUUUUGCAGCAAAUACUCGGCCCCAUUUUAUUUGGGAGGAUAAUCAGUUGUCGAAACGAGGAACGCAAACAACGAAGCACAGCAUAAAUACAGACGGUGUGGAUACCUUACUGAAUGUGAGACGAGGACCUUGUGAAGGUGUUAAAAAGUGCGCUGGUCCUGACUGUACCUACGCUGUGUCAAACAGACAAAAAUUUAAUCGAUGCAUACACCACAAAGGUGACUUUUCUCUAGUUUCAACUGGACCAUGUCCUGCGCACAUGGUUUACAUAUGGCCGUGUAGCGACGAUGGAAAGCGAUGGGUUGGUAUUGUACCAGGCACUCAACAUAAUCACGGUAAACCAGCUCCGCAUGUCAUGUCAAGCAAAGUCAAAGAGGACAUUCAAAGGGUUGUAUCUAACGAUAGUACUUAAACUACUAAGGAUAUUAUGAAAGGACUUGGAAUUGGUUAUGUUUCCGCCGAAGCUAGUGCACCUGCAGCUAACGCUGAUCGUGUCAGGAAGGAAAGGAAAAUCGCACUUGGCAAGUUGAUGUCUGUUCAUAAAGAACUACGUCCACCAGAUGAGGUUCUUUGUUUUGACAAAAUUCGAAAGAAAGUGGAAAGCAAACAGUUGUACGAUGACAGCACGAAUAUCAGCGAACAAGUGAACCGAAUGAUGGGACAAUACCAAAUGGAAGGAUGCGAGUACAUUUUCACACCCAGUAGGAAGUACGCUUUCUUUAUGGCUCCAUUUCAGUCAGCUCUUUUGAGUACAGCUGUGACUUACACGGGAAACGAGUCUUUUCCAUACCUUUUGAACGUUGUAACUUUAAAUGAACAAACGUGUGUGUAUAACGCGGUAUCACGAGUGCUAUGCAGCAGACAAGACAGCGAAAGUUAUGCAAAUUCAAUAACAAAAAUGUUUGAAAAGGUUACAAAAGAUCACGCUCAUUUAAUUUUUCGAAUGGCCGUAAUUUAAGGUCUAUACUUGUGGAUUUCGACGAUGCUCAAUAUAAGGGAUUGCAACAAUGCUUGGGCGAAGAGCUAGCAAAAAAAGUAAUCCGGGGAUGCAGUGUCCACUGGCAACGGUCAGUUAACCGAGUAUGUAAACUCGCUUGCCAGAGUGAAGAUGAAAUUCGUGUGUUCAAAGCUUUAGCUAAGAAAAUUGAAGAAGAGCAAAACAAAGAUAACGUUUUGCUCAUUUUCGACGUGCUUUCAGGAUCUAGAACAUUACAAGACGCAAGGCAGUUUGUCAAAGAAGACCUACUAUCAGAACUUGACAAAAUUGACAACCAUAAUUGGACAAGACUUAAGCACUGGAGUAAAUGGUGGUGUCGGGUGAAUCAUCUUACAAUGUUUACAAGGGCGUUUAUGGAAAUGAAAGAGAAAGAUUGGGAACAAGGGCCAUGUACCACAAAUCCAGUCGAGUCUUUGAACAGACAAUCUUUACAGGAAGGUUGUACUAUUAUUCAAGCUUUGAUGGAAAAUAUUUACCUCGAAGAUCGGCCUGCAUGUUGUAAAAACAGCAGCUUGCAAAGAUAACGUAACAACAUCAUACAAAGCAUCACCUAUUAAACCGAAAAAACAAACGAAAGCGCACAAGUGUUGGCAAUUCAAAAGAUGAAGGUCCACCGGAUAAACGCAGACAUCUGCUUUCCAAUAAAAGGAUGCCGAGUGGACGAACUUUGAUCAAUCGUCUCAUUGAAGUGGAAUAUGACGAAAAGGACAAAUCAGGAAAGGUAACAAAGUAUUGGGGUUGGUGUAAGGGACAGAUAAUGGCGUAUCGAAAGAAUGCAGGGUACUUGGUUAAAUUUGCAGAUAUAAUAGACACUAAUGGAAAUGUUGCUGAAGGGUGGUCGGACUGGAUAGAAGAUUUAAAGAGUAAUGACGUCCGUCUAAUAGAUAAGUGAAUUAGCAUUUGCAUGUUAACAGUUUGGUAGUUGAGUUGACGUUCUAUUUUCCUGUUAAACAAAGUAUUUAAAAAAUAAGGCGUUACCCAGUUUUACAUGCAAGAACCCUGAAUCCAGGCACUCGGGUAUAUAUUAUACCCUAUGCACUAUAUUUUCUUGGAGAUAAACUUAAUAUGCAUGGUGUUUUUACAUGUUAAAUUUACCGGAAGUAACUUCAAAUAUAGCAUUUUUGUCGCGAUAAACUGAUUAGCAUUGCCUUACUCAAUAUCACUUUUGUUUAAUUUAUUAAAGGUCCAGACACACCGGAUGCGAUUCGACCACGCGACGCGAUUUUUCGAUUUCACUGACCGAUAACUUUGAUCCUAGUUUAAAUUUAGUUCCAAAUGUUUAGAAGCGUUAUGACAUUUUGAGUUAUUUGGUCUACAAAUUUUUAAAAUUUGCUCUCAUUGGCUGUUUUAUUAACUUUCAAAAACUAAAAAAUCGCAUUGCGUUGUCGAAUCGCGUCCUGACCUUAACAUGCAGCCAAAAGGGACAUCAAGGUGAAGUUUUUCUCCAAGAAAAUAUAUUGCAUUUUGUCUUACAAAAGUGUACUGAAUACAGCGAAACCCACCAUAAAAGAACUA